GGUUACCAUGGCGUUUGGGAAGAGUCACCGGGAUCCCUACGCGACCUCCGUGGGUCACCUGAUAGAAAAGGCUACAUUUGCUGGAGUUCAGACUGAAGACUGGGGCCAGUUUAUGCACAUCUGUGACAUAAUUAACACUGCCAGGGAUGGGCCAAAAGAUGCAGUAAAAGCUUUGAAGAAAAGGAUAUCCAAAAACUACAAUCAUACGGAAAUUCAACUUACUUUGUCACUUAUUGACAUGUGCAUGCAGAACUGUGGUCCAAGUUUCCAGUCUCUGGUUGUGAAGAAGGAAUUUGUUAAAGAUAGUCUAGUUAAGUUGCUGAAUCCCAGAUACACCUUGCCAUUACACAUUCAGAAUAGAAUCUUGAAUUUCAUUAAGACGUGGUCGCAGGGUUUCCCAGGAGGUGUGGAUAUAAGUGAAGUGAAAGAAGUGUAUCUGGACCUGCUUAAGAAAGGUGUUCAGUUUCCUUCCUCAGAUGCAGAGGCAGAGGCUGAGACAGUAAGACAGGAGACUGCUCAGAUCUCAUCCAACCCACCAGCAUCAGUCCCUACUGCACCGGCUCUUCCUUCUGUAAUUGUUCCCAAGAACUCAACUAUUACAUUGGUCCCAGAACAGAUUGGAAAAUUGCACAGUGAGUUGGAUAUGGUGAAAAUGAAUGUGAAAGUGAUGUUCACCAUAUUGAUGGAGAAUGCUCCUGGGUCCGAAAACCAUGAAGACAUAGAGCUUCUGCAGAAACUUUAUAAGACAGGUCGGGAUAUGCAGGAGAGGAUCAUGGACCUGCUCGUGGUGGUGGAGAAUGAAGAUGUAACUGUUGAGCUACUUCAAGUGAAUGAGGAUUUGAAUAAUGCCAUCCUUGGAUAUGAGAGGUUUACUCGAAACCAUCAAAGGUAUUUGGAGGAAAAUAAGAACCAGAAGGAAGCCACCAGUACUACCAGUGAGCCUUCUGCCCCAUCUCAUGAUCUCCUCUACCUAAACCCCAGCCCCCCGAUGACUAGGGCAACUCUGGGAGAACAUAGCCCUAUGAAUGAUCAGCUUUCAGACUUAAAUUUCAACUCUUCAAAUCCUGAUGUAACAAACAACUCAAAACCCAGUCUUUAUCCACAGAUGGAUUUGCUAAACUUGGAAAAUACAGAGAUACCCAUGUUUGCCCAAAGGACCAGCCAAAACCUCGCCUCAGGUCAUACAUAUGAUAAUUUUCCGGAACAUUCAAAUCCUGUAUUACUACAGCCAGUUAGUCUGCAGACUGUUGCAGCAACACCAGCAAACCAGAGGCUUCCAUCUUUGCCCAGUAAUCAUCCAGCGAUGACAAAGAAUGAUCUCCAGUCACACAAUUACUACGAGGUAAUGGAGUUUGAUCCCUUAGCUCCUGCUGUCAUUGCAGAAGCUAUUUAUGAAGAAAUUGAUGUUCAUCACCACAAAGAAACUAAAAGUCAUAGUGACUGUUGAGGUAAUUCCACAUUCCAUAUAAUUUCAGUGUAAUUAUCACUUUCUGUAUUUAGUAUUUAUAUUUUGUUAGGGCCAUCUGAGUCUGACACUUUAGUGAGUGAAAUAUUAUUAUACCAGAUCCUCUGAGUCACUCAAAUUGUAAUGAACUGUUGUUCACUAAUGAAAUACAUUCUUUGUGAUCAUGUCAGCUGGAAAUAAUGAGGCUGGGGAAUACAGAAGUUGGUUUACAGAAUAGAAGUAUUACUGCCAACAAAAAUAUUUGAUCAAUACAAAUUUCUUAGCACCAAAAUCAGGCAUUUGUCUCUAAUGUGCAGUUAGUACUUGUUAACUGGUACCAGAAUUCAUUCAUUGUUAGUCCUCCAAAUAGGUCUGGGUUUUUCCUGUUUGCUGCACUAGUCAUCCCAUUUAUUCACUGAGUGCCUGGUUAUUAGUGACCUUUUAACCUUAUUUAUUCCCCUCACACCUCCUCCAUGGAAUAAGUAGUACAUCUCCACCUCUUCUCCACUAGACUGUGGCUCUCCAGCCUCUCAGUGGAGAGAGAUGAAGAAGAGUUAUUAAGAAAUGGGGAAAUAGAAGGAUAGGAUGGAAAUUGGCCAUUUUCUUCUCUUUGUUAUAGGUGAAAAUGGCUGAUCAGCUCGCUAGCUACAUUGGAGGUGCCAACUUUCUAAAGGGUAGACCCUGUCCAGCUUUGAGGCCUGGAAGACAAGACCUACCAACAGUCAAAGGCACAGUAGAACAUUUCUCCUCUGCUAUAAUUAAGUUUAAACAGAAGAGUAACAGUUCCAGGGUAAUAUUUAUGGUUCCUGAUAACAGCUCGAGAUUAUUUCAGUAGAACCUGGUUGUAACAAAUAUUCACUUCAGAAGAAAAAUUAUGUAGUUCUUGGGAUAGUGUCUUAUGUGUCCCAGGCCCUCCUACAUUUAGAAAAGAAAUCAUCACAGAGCUGUGAUAAGAGUAGGUUAAGAUUAUUUUACUGCAAAUUUCUGAAUAGAUGUAAACAUGAAAUGUGAGAAACUAAGUGUAUUAUUCAGGAAGAAUACUGAGUGCCUUCCUUUAAAGUUGAAUGUAAAAGUCAAUUUGCACUUCUUUAUAAAUACUGCUCUGGUUUAGAAUUAUGAAUUAUAAAAGCAUUGAUGAUUGAGUUUAAUUAUAUUUCAGAUGUCCUGAACAGGUCACUAGAUUCUGUAUCAGGUGGUCUUUAAAUAUGAUUCUUUAUAAUGCUCAAUGUUUUUUUCUUUCUUUGUACUGUAAUUUAACAUUUCUAUUUGAAACAGACUACUGGAAAACAUUGAAAAUAAAUUGUACAUUCAUUUAUAUACAUUUCAAUGACAAAUAAAUUACUAUUAAAAUAA